ACGCAAGUUAAUUUUCUUCUUUAAUGUAAUUUUUUUCUUAUUGUGUAUUUAUAUUAGUUCUGAUAGGGUUAUAAGUUCUCUAUGUCUUCGAUUUAGUUUCGAUGAUUUGGAUUUGAGUCGUAUUACACAAUCAUUGUGAAUAAUAUGACUAGUUUUGUAUGAAAAAUGUGAUAAUACUGCUGAGCUAGGGAAAUCUUUAUUUUUCCAAACAAAAUAAUACAUGUAGAGAAAGUUAAACUCGAUAUAAAACGAGAACCGUAUUGGUUUAAGUUUUGAAUACAAAGAAACAUAACGUUAAUGAGGAAUAUAACAUGUAAAACCUCUAUUAAUUCCUUUUAUGACUACAGGGCAGAAGAGAAUUUGAAGAAAGUGAACUAUGUCGACGACAAGAUCAGAUAUCACCGAUGACGCUAACAGUAGCGUCAACAAUGGAGGAGGAUUAUCCAAUCAAGAAGAAAAGAGAAUUGUACUGAAAACAAGAUUUGAGUAUCGGGAUGCUAGUGUGAUAUACUUCAAUAUGAAAAGAAACAUGCGGUUCAAAAAAAUCAUGAAGUGUUACUAUGAGCUUCAUAAUCUUGAUUUCGACAACAUUGUUUUCUUCUCCUAUGGUCGUCGUCUCAGUCCUGAGCAAACACCUCAUGAGUUUGAUAUGGAAAAUGGAGAUGAAAUCGAAGCAAUAGAUGGUUGGGUGUUGAGAUGAUUGGAUUUGUAACAAAUAUUGUUACAAUGACAUGUUAUGCUUUUUUUACUUUUUAAAAAUUUUAUAUAGUUAUGAAUCUUUUUUCCCUCUAA